ACACGUCAUGUAUCCUGCCAGAUAAACUGCGGCUCUCCCUAUGACACAUUUUGCCAUCAUCGGACUGUUUACUGGAAUAUGUGAAUAGAUAAAGUGGGAGCAGGUCUCUGCUGCAGCUGAUGGAGGCAGUCAGGGGAGUUUCCCUGUUGACAGUAGCAGCCCUGAAACAAGUUAGCCUGUCAUCCAGCUAGCUGUGGCUGCACAUCACUCACCGGUAACUCUCCGAGCUUUUCAGGUAGCCCCCAUGGAUCUGAAUAAUAUUUUAUAUCAGCUUGAAACUGCCAGCGAAGAGGACAUCGAGAAGCUCUUGCAGCAGUAUAAUGUAGAGAACACCCAAACCUUCAGUUUUGACCCAAAGGAGGAAACCCUGCGGAGUAAGCUGUGCCACGGUGUGCUCACAGUCCUCGGGAGACAGGUGCAGCCCAGCUGUCAGAAGACAUGCUUGGAGACCCUCCGCAUCAUGUCCAGAGAUAAGCGUGUCCUGGCUCCUGUAGCCACCAAGGAAGGCAUGUUGACCCUGGCAGGGAUGGCGAGGCUGCGGGCUGGAGAGGAACAGGAUGCUGACAAGAAAAGCUCUCAGGAACAGACACUGUCAGAGGAGAACAAGAGGGUGGUGGUGGAGGCCCUAAAGUGCCUUUGCAACGUUGUAUAUAACAGCCCUGCGGCUCAGCAGGUCUGCGUGGAUGUGCAGCUGGUUCGUGGUCUGUGUGCCAGCCUGGCCACGGCCCGUACGUGGUCCCAUGAGGUGGGCCUGUUCACACUGCGCCUUCUCUUCCUGCUGUCUGCCCUCCAACCUCCCGUGAGGGGGCUUUUGAGGAGAGAGUGGCAUGCUGUUAGACUGCUGACAGAGGUGUUGGAGCACACGCUGGAUGUGCGCUGGGUUGGUCCGUAUGAAGCUGCCCGUCCAGAUCCGCAAGCUGUGUCCAUGCCUGCAGAGAAUAAUGAGCGAGCGAUGGAAGCACUCAAAGCCAUGUUCAACCUCACACUGUCUGAAACUGGUGGUGAGGAAGACGAUCACCAGCUCCGGCUCAUUGCUGCCAUCCUGCGUCAUCUCCUGAUGCUUAAGACCGAGACCGAGGAGAAAACGGAGGAAGCACACAGCCAUGCCGUGAACCUGCUGAACAACCUGCCCGUGUCCUAUCUGGAUGUUUUAAUUGACGUCCCCGUGCAGGGAGGGCAGGAGAAAUAUGCCGGAAAAAACAUGGACGCGAUCGAGGUGUUGCUGGACUUCAUGGAGAAAAGAAUCGACAAGCAGGGGUCCAAUUACAAAGAGGGUUUGACUCCAGUACUCAGCCUUUUGACUGAAGGAUCCAGACACCACAGGGAGAUUCGCAGAUAUAUCAAAGCUCAGGUACUUCCCCCACUGAAAGAUGUGAAGAGCAGGCCAGAGAUUGGCACCACCAUCAGAAACAAGCUGGUUCGCCUCAUGACACAUGUGGACAUGGGCGUGAAGCAGACAGCUGCAGAGUUCCUGUUCGUCCUCUGCAAAGAAAGCGUGGACAACCUGUUGAAGUACACGGGGUACGGAAACGCAGCAGGACUUCUUGCGGCUCGAGGACUUCUUGGAGGAGGGAGAGGAGAGACUCAGUACUCUGACGAUCAGGACUCAGACACAGAAGAAUACAAAUCUGCCAAACCUUUCAUCAACCCCAUCACCGGUCACGUCGAGGAGCCGAUCCCGAACCCCGUCGAAGAGAUGACCGAGGAGCAGAAGGAGUACGAAGCCGAGAAGCUGGCCAACAUGUUCGACAAGUUGUCAAGGCAGCACGUGAUUCGACCGAUGGGCGUCAAACCCGACGGGACGUUGGCACCUUUGGAAGAAACUCUCUGCAGUCCACCUGAGGAAAACUCGGACUCAGACUCGGACUAGUGCUGCUGAAUAUCUCAGCCACGUUUUCCAGACUAAGCCCGAUGGGCCCCACCCCCAACAAAUCUCGAGCUGUGAUUAUUGAAGGUGGGUUCUGUAGCUGGGCUUGAAUUUGUGCCUCCAUCCUGAAUGAGCUGCUGCUGAGUGUAGAGCUGUGUCCAAAAACUUCAGGUGCUGGAUGGGAAAGUCCCAUUUAUCACCUCGGGGGCUGUAACUGGGACAAGUGGUAGUGAUUAACAGAAAGCUGAACAAAUGGUGAUGGUGAAAAAUAAAAUAUUUAUGUGUAAAUUUAUAUCAGGCUUUUAUUGCGCUUUGCAGGGCAAUCAGCUCCUCUUUGGUUUUUCUUAGUGAUAUUGACUGACGGCCACUUAAAUGCAAAUAAAGUGUUAUUUUGCAAUCAUGGACUGGACUCUUAGCAAAAUCUUAGCCUCUUUUUUUUUUUUUUUCAAAUAGGACAGGCACUUGCUGUAAUAAAUGAAAUCAAACCAGUCCUGAAGUAGAACGCAGCUAAACAUUUCACAGCAGGCUCCAGAGGCUGUCUCGCGCUGAAGCGGAGUCGUGCGUGGCAGGAAGACUGCCGAGGAGGAGUUCACAGUUACUGCUGCAUCUUUUGCUUUAGUGCUCCCUGUGGGGAAAGAAUAUACUUUCUGCUGAGUUUUGCUUCUUGCUGGAAACACUGUUUUGUUUAAAGUGUAGUUUUGGGUGUGAAUAAACAUUCCUUCACUUCUCUUUUUUAAAAAUAUAUACAUAUAAAAAAUAUAUGACUAGAAGGUGCACAAUUUUAACACGAAUCAUAGUAAACACUGUUAGCGGUAAAGCUGCUGGUACUGCUGGAGCACAGGACUGAUGUGUUUGUGGACGGUUUAAACCUGCAGCUCACUUUGUGUAAUCAGUUUUUACCAUGGACAAAAGACAAAUGUUAGUGGUAGUUCACUUUUUUCUCUCUGGUACUCGAUGACGUUAUGGAGAAAAGAAAACAAGUUUCAUUAAAUUUAAGACUUGAGGCAAUGCAGCAUUCUCCACAGGUCGAUGGUGGUUUUUGCCUGUUCGGGCUCUUGACAAUGAAAUGUGUGAACUACAAUGAUUGUUUUCUAAUCUCUGUUCCUUUUGUCAUCUGCAUGAUGUUGAAUCAAAAAAAAGAAACCUAUGAAAAUGUUGUUUAUUUGACACUAAAUGUGUGACUUUAUAUAAACAAAGUAAUAUAU